CCGUGUGAGGGUCCAAUGGGCGUGCGGCAGAACCCCUGGACUCCGACAACUCGCCGUGGCCCCAUCGCAGCCGAGGCGUCUAGUCCGGGACCAGCUGUUGUAUCACUUCCUACACUUAUAGGUAAACCACCGCAAGAAUCGCGCAGACCUCGUGCUCCAGCUUUCACCUUCGGCCAUAAGCUCGAUCCACCUGGCACCAACUCCAAAGCUGGCCCUGGACCUGCUACCUACAACACAGAAGGAAUGACGGCUAAAGGGCGGUCCGGAGCGCCGGCGGCGUCCCUGCACGGUCGCUGGCCGCCGCCGCGCGUGGCUCCGACUCCUGCGCCGUGUGACUACGAGCCCAUCAAGGCGGUCCGGGCCGUCUACGAUCACGCUCCGGCCUUCUCCAUCGGCCUGCGAGUUAGCCCCCCUCAGCCCGGCGGCAAAACGCCAGCCCCGAAUACAUACUCCAUGCCCCCGGUGCUUGGAGAAGCAAAAGAGGGAGGUAAACGCGCUGCUCCAGCGUUCAGUAUCACGGGACGUGGUAAGACUUCAGAGUCCAAGAUCCCGCUACCGGGACCUGGCACCUACACUACUGACAAGGCAUCUGCCGUGCUCACCAAGCGCCCGCCUGCCUACACCAUCGCGCCGAGACGAGAGCCGAAACCACCGACCGCUAUCGUACCCGGACCCGGAGUCUAUUGCCCCGAAAAGGGUAAAAGAACAGUGCGUGAAAAAACUGUAAGAAGCACCAUUUCAAGAAAGAUGAAGCUUGAAAAAUCCGAACAAGUUCCUGCACCUAACGCUUACUGCCCUGAAAAGGCAGAUAGAUUACUCAGAGAAAAGUCACCAGCAUUUUCAUUUGGGACUAAGAGCGAAAUAGUUAAAGUACAUAAUGCACCGGCUCCAAACAUUUAUUCCCCAGAAAAAUCUAUUAAUUCACUCAAACAUGGACCUAAGUAUACACUGGCGGGGAAGGGUGUCGCCGAGAAGCAUGAUGUGACUCCUGGCCCAAACUAUUAUAGUCCUCAAAAGGCUGAUAAGAUACUACAUGAAAGUUCCCCUUCAUAUACGAUGCGUUCUAAGGAAGUGGUUGAGAAGUUUGAGCAAACACCAGCUCCAAAUGUUUACUCACCAGAAAAGUCUAUACACAUGUUGAAUGGUGGACCUAAGUACACUAUAUCAGGCAAAGGAGUUUCUUCUAAAUUGGCUGAAACUCCCGCACCAAACAGCUAUUGCCCCGAGAAGGCAGACAAAGUUCUGCACGAAAGCUCCCCAGCUUAUACAUUCAGGAUUAAAGAACAAACUGUUUUUAGGAGUGAAUCACCAGCGCCUAACGUGUAUGCACCGGAAAAAUCAAUGCAUAUGUUAGACAGUGCGCCUAAAUUUACAAUAAGCGGUAAAGGGCAUAGUGACAAAAUAGAAAAUACUCCAGCUCCUAAUGCUUACUGUCCGGAUAAGGCAGAUAAAAUCUUGCACGAGUCAUCACCAGCGUAUACGUUUAGAGCAAAAGAUCAGGUCGUGAAAAUUGACAACACCCCCGCCCCAAACGUGUAUGCACCAGAAAAUUCAGUUUUAAUGUAUCACAGUUCACCGAAAUAUAGUUUGGGAGGAAAAGGUCACACGCCUAAAACGGAUUACGUACCUGCUCCUAAUGCAUAUAAUCCUGAUAAAUCUGAUAAACUGCUGCACGAGUCAUCUCCGUCAUAUACUUUUAGACCCAAAUUUGCUACUGAUAAGCCAAGUGAUACACCAGCGCCAAACAAUUAUGAUCCACACUUAUUGGAUGGAACUCCUAAAUUUAGCAUGUACGGUAGAGGCCAUGAUGCUAAGCCAUCAGAUACUCCUGGACCCAAUGUCUAUGACCCUCAUUUACCUGAUGGCACACCUAAAUAUACUAUGGGAGGAAGAGUUCCCGAAAAGAAAGUAUCUGAUGUACCUGCUCCAAAUGCAUACGAUCCCCAUUUGCCUGAUGGAACUCCAAAGUUCACUCUUGCUGGCAGGGGACAUGAGGGGAAACCAUCUGAUACCCCUGGGCCAAACAGCUAUGAUCCUCAUUUAACUGACAAUUCCCCGAGAUACACAAUUUCAGGAAAAGGCCACUCUGGCAAACCUUCUGACACACCCGGUCCAAAUGUUUAUGACCCUCAUUUGCCUGAUAAUUCUCCCAGGUACACUAUUUCAGGAAAAGGCCACUCUAGCAAACCUUCUGAUACGCCUGGACCGAAUGUUUAUGAUCCACACUUGCCUUCCAAUACACCCAAGUAUACCAUUUCAGGUAAAGGACCAGACGCUAAGGUCUCAGAUUAUCCUGCGCCUAAUAAAUACGAUCCACAUAUUUUAAAUGGUACACCGAAAUUUACUAUGGGUGGUAAAGGGCAUCCCGGAAAAGUUGAAAACUAUCCAGCUCCAAAUGCAUACAACCCUGAGAAAGGUGAUAAGGUAUUACUGGAGAGUUCUCCAGCAUACUCAUUUAGAAUUAAAUAUCCAGGCCACAAACCAGAAGAUACUCCUGGCCCCAAUUCAUAUGAUCCUAGCAAGUACGACUACAUGUUGGAUGGUGCACCUAAGUAUACAUUUGGUACAAAAGGUCCGGCUGAUAAGCCAUCAAACAACCCCGCUCCAAAUGCUUACAGUCCCGAAAAAGCCGACAAAAUUCUUCAUGAACAUGCACCAUCAUAUACGUUCCGACCAAAAAUUGAUACUGAUAAAAUCUUCAACACCCCAGGCCCGAAUGCUUAUAAUCCCGAAAAGGCGGAUAAUGUCACUCAUGACCACUCUCCUGCUUAUUCUUUAGCCCCAAGAGGCAAAGAAGGUAAAAUUAACGAUACACCCGGGCCCAACGUAUACGAUCCUCAGAAAGCUGAUAAGAUUCUGUUAGACAGUGCGCCAAGAUACUCGUUCAGAAUAAAGACGAAUCCCCACAAACCGGACAAUGUUCCUGCACCCAACAGCUACAACCCUGACAAGGCAGACAAAGUGUUAAUGCAUUCUUCUCCUCAAUACACGUUCAGAAUCAAAACUGAUACCGUGAAGGCCGCGGAUACUCCAGCUCCGAAUUCCUACAAUAUCCCAACGCCUGUUGAGACUCCGUUAUACACGAUCUCGGGUAGACAUAAGGAACCGAUAGACGAGCGGCUGAAGGUGCCUGCUCCGGGUACUUACAACCCCGAGAAGGGUUACAAGUUUAUGUUGACCUAUUCUCCACAGCACACUUUUGGUAUUAAAAUACAUACAACUAAAUUCGCUGAUACCCCCGCUCCGAAUUCAUACCGCAUCCCGUCGGUGUUGGACACUCCGGUGUACACGAUAUCGGGACGCCACAAGGUGCCCGUGGACGAUCGCACGCGAGUGCCCGCGCCUGGCACCUACUCCCCCGAAAAGGUGCAGGUCAACAGAACGCCUCAAAUAACUUUCGGUAUCAAACACUCACCUUUAUUAGGACAGCUGAAGCCUAUUGAGCCAAAGCGUCCAGUUGAGAGAACAACCACAACAUCUACCGAUAACUCUAGGGAAGUCACUCAAGUGCAAAGAACUGUUAUCAAACAGAAUAGGGAGCAGAUUGACGAUAACAGGAAUGUCAACCAACAAAUAGUAGACUCUUAUGAAACAAACGAAGUAUAUACACCCGCACACCUGACCCAAGUGCGACACGACAGUGAAAUUCGAAGCUCCACCGUAUCUCCCGAUCCAAUUCAGCACCAAGAAACUCUUACACAAGAAAUUGUGUGGGUUCCAGAGAAACCAAUCCGUCGCGGUUCGUAUACUAUCGAAACAAAUGAUGGUAAUGGAUAUUCUGAGCAUUAUCAAAACAGUGAGAUCAUUCCCGUUGAGAAUGGAGUUAUUAGGACCGCGGAACAGGGAGAAAGAGGUGGCAGGUGCACUGAAGAGAGGAGUAACGAAGUGAUUAGAAGGGAAGGUUUCGAACAAAAUGUUGAAAGGAAUGUGAGGAAUGCAAGUGCUCAUGAGAAGAAGCAGGCAGCUACUGAAGAAGUGCGUUCCAACACUGAUGUCCAAAAACUUGCCAACGGUGGUAUUUCUAAGACAACGACCACAACUACUAUUAGAAAGGUAGGAACCGCGGCCAGAACAGCCAACGAGUCGACUGCAGUCACUCGCACCGCUACUGUUGUGACGUCACGCGACAUUGGUGUCAAGUAACUCGAGCCGAUUAAACAUAACCAUUUAGCUGUAGUAUUGAUCCUACCAACAUAAACUAAAAAUUAUCUUUUAAUAUUCUUGAAUGAUUAACCAUUGUAAGUCGCCUUUGAUCUUUUUAUUAUGAUUAUGAAAGCUUUAUUGUACUAGCUAUUAAUGCCAGCUAUAUUUAUUAAUUUAUUUACUAUUUCGAUUCAUUUUUCUAUGCGUAUUAUAGAAAAGUGAAAUCUCUUGAUUUACAAUUUUACUCGUUUCUUUUAAACUUUUUUGAAAUUUUAUUUACAGUAAAAUGUUUUGUUUUACUUUUAACCUUAAGCACUAAUAUUGUUAUACGAUGAAAAUUUUAUUAAUAAAGUUAUUAUUACGUAAA